UUGAACAAUUGAUGUCACCACCAGCCAAUAGGACUCCAAUCACCUCAUCUAGUACAGUUGGCAAUGGAGACAAUGAUCAUCAAAUCUGGAUUGUACCUGAAGAGGAUGGGUUUGAUCCUCACAAGAUAGUAAUUGAAGGCAUUGCUAGUUGCAUUCGUAGUAAAUUUGAAUUGGCUAGACCCUCAUGGAAGAAGUUUCGACAAUCUACUCAUGAUAUGUGGUUUGAGGAAUUCAAGAAGAAAUUCAAAUGGCUCCCUCACUAUACUAAUGUUAUAAGACGUAAUUUUGAGAAAAGGGCAUCAGCAAGGAUGACACAACUUUUUCAAAAUGAUAAGAAAAACUUGCCUCUGAAGCCACAUUGGAUGGGGGAUGCGGUAUUCAAGGAGAUGAAGGGGCACUAGGAGUCUC